AUGAAUGGUGAGACUAUUCAAGAAGUUACUCAUCAUAAACAUCUUGGUGUAUUUUUCUCUUCUGAUCUCAGAUGGAAUAUUCAUAUAAACUAUAUAAUUGAGAAAGCCUACAAGCGUAUCAAUGUAAUGCGAAAGUUGAAAUUUAUCCUUGAUCGUCAUUCACUGGAAAAAAUUUAUAUGUCUUUCAUUCGUCCUCUUUUAGAAUACGGUGAUAUUAACUUUGAUAACUGUACAUCUCAAGAGAAGGAAACAAUCGAAAAGGUUCAGUACGAGGCAGCUCGUAUUGUAACGGGUGCAACCAAACUUGUGUCAAUUUCCAAACUUAUGUCCGAGGUAGGGUGGGAAUCCCUUGAAUCUCGUCAUAAUAGGAUGUUAGCCAAAAUUGCCGUCACUUUAAAUGUGCUAAGUUUUGUUUUAACGAUUGUUAGCUUGACUGUCCCCAGCUGGUAUUAUUGGUCCACGACUGUUGUUGGACUUACGGCUUAUAUAAAAUUUGGACUGUGGAAGUGGUGUGGAGAAAUUCCUUUGUUUGUGUCAGGAUGUUUCCGCCUGGAAGAUAGUGUUCACCCGAUUUCUAUUCAGAUUAAAGUUGCUCGUGCUACGGUUGUGUUGUCGACACUUCCAACUGUAAUGGCUGCGGGAUUGGCUUUUCUGAACUUUGUCAGGCGAAGGGACAGACGCUCGCUUCUUUUAGCUGCCGGAUUAUUAAGUACAGUGGCCGGUCUAAUGUCUAUUGUUGGCACUGUAGUAUUUGUAGUUGACAACCAAAUUGAGAAGUACUUUGAAGAUGAGGACGGAAGUAUUCAACAUUUAGAUUUAAAACCACACGCCAGUUUUGCUCUUUGUCUCACUUCCGGUCUUCUGAAUCUGACAGGAGCUUUGUUAUACAUUAUAGACGCUUUUUGUGUUAAUAGGAAUCGUGUAGCGAAUACGGAAACCCGUACGGAAAUACAAAUUGAAAACAGAAUGUGUCGAUAAUUAAGGGGAAUACAUUUUUGUACUUGUACAUAAUAUAGUAAGCUUAUCGAAAAUAGAUCGAUGGUUCUAGUCAUUUGCAGAAAGGGUCGCCUGAGCUAUUCAACCACAGUAAAGAUGUGACCGUUUUGCCGUUUUGUACACAAAUAAAGGGAAAUAACUGCUACGAAGAUCAUCUUUCCUGUUUGCACACAAUUGUCCCCCUUGUGUAU